AUGUCUGUUCCUGCAAUCGUUUUCACUGAUUGGGACGGCACUGUCACCCUUCAAGACUCCAAUGACUACUUGACUGAGAACCUCGGGUUUGGACGUCCACGUCGUUUGGAAAUCAAUGAUGAGAUUCUUAACGGCCAAAAAUCCUUCAAGGAUGGCUUUUCCGAAAUGUUGGCGUCCAUUCCCACUCCGUUCCCUGAGUGUAUUGAAUACUUGUUGGAACAUGUGCAACUCGACCCAGGCUUCAAGGAAUUCUACCACUGGUGUGAAGCCAGAGGUAUUCCUGUGGUUGUUGUGAGUAGUGGAAUGACUCCAAUUAUUCUGGCACUUCUCACUAGGUUGGUGGGCACCGAAGCUGUCGCUAACAUUGAGAUUAUCUCCAACGGUGUAGAGGUAGAUGAAGCCACUGGAAAGUGGCAUAUUGUGUACAAGGACCCAGACACUGGCUUCGGUCAUGACAAGAGUCGCUCCAUCAGGGAAUAUUUGACCAAAAACGGAUACACAAAGGAGAACAUUCCUCCUCUUUUCUACUGUGGAGAUGGUGUCAGUGAUCUCUCUGCAGCCAAAGAGACCAAUUUGCUUUUCGCCAAACACGGUAAAGAUUUGAUCACUUAUUGCCGUCGUGAGAACAUUCCAUACACGGAAUUCAACAACUUCGAUGAUAUUUUCCGCAAAAUCCAGAGCAUCAUAGACGGAGGAAAGGAUUACAAGGAGUACAUUGAGAAUUAG